AGCCGCCUUGGCUGAGAAGCAGAUCGCCGCCCUCGCGCGAAGUGCCCCGACCGCCCGUCAGUGCACCUCUGACCAUGACCGGCGCUGAAGUCCAACAUGUCGCCGCUGGAGCCGCUGGAGGCUCCGCGGCCCCAGCGGCGCAGGGCAGUGCCUGCGACAGCUGCGCGUGCGGGGAGCUCGCCAAGCAGAAGGACAUGGAGGACGCGGGCCCCCCGCAGUACGACGACUUCACCUUCCAGCCCCUCUUCGAGCAGGCGACGCCCGUGGACAUCCCGUGGACGCGGCUGCCGGAGCUGGAGAGCGGAGUCAGGGUGACGCCGAUGCAGGUGCCCGGCGGUGGCACGCGGGACCUCGUCAGCGUGGAGCCCUGGGUGCUCCAGCGGCUCGCCGAGCGGGCCAUUGGCGACGUCGAGCACUACUUGCGGCCCGGGCACCUCGAGCAGCUGGCCAAGAUCAUGUCUGACCCGGAGGCGUCCGACAACGACAGGUUUACGGCAAAAAACCUGCUGCAGAACGCCGUGAUCGCCGCGAGGGGUGUCCUGCCUGGCUGCCAGGACACCGGCACCGCGAUCAUCCUGGGCAAGAAGGGCCAAUUCGUCUGGACGGACGAGGAGGACGAGAAGCACCUGUCCCACGGCGUCUACGACGCCUACACCAAGCGGAAUCUGCGCUACUCUCAGGUCUCGCCCGUCUCAAUGUUUGCAGAGAAGAACACGAAGUGCAACUUGCCCGCCCAGCUCGACCUGUACGCCGUGAAAGGCAAUGAGUACAAGUUCAUGUUCAUGGCAAAGGGUGGCGGCUCUGCCAACAAGACCUACCUCUACCAGCAGACGAAGGCGCUGCUGAACCCGAAGAAGUUGGAGGAGUUCAUCGCGGAGAAGGUCGUCACCCUCGGCACCUCCGCCUGCCCGCCGUACCACCUCGCCAUCGUCAUCGGCGGCCUGUCGGCGGAGCUGUGCCUGAAGACCGUGAAGCUCGCGUCCGCGCGCUACCUCGACGACCUGCCCACCACCGGCAACGACCACGGGCGCGCGUACCGCGACACGAAGUGGGAGGAGAAAGUCCUCGCGAUGUGCCACGGCCUCGGCAUCGGGGCGCAAUUCGGUGGCAAGUAUUUCGUCCAUGACGUCAGGGUGAUCCGCAUGCCGCGCCACGGCGCCUCCUGCCCGGUGGGCAUCGGCGUCUCCUGCAGCGCGGACAGGCAGGUGCUGGCCAAGAUCACCGACCACGGAGUCUUCAUCGAGGAGCUGGAGAAGAACCCGGCACGCUUCCUGACCGGCGAGCCCUCGGCGGGGCUCUCCACCUCGGCGGAGUCGGUGAGCAUCGACCUGAACCAGCCCAUGAGAGACAUCUGCGGCAUCCUCACGCAGUUCCCGAUCAAGACCCGGCUGUCGCUGACGGGCCCCAUCAUCGUCGCGCGCGACAUCGCGCACGCGAAGCUGGCCGAGCGCCUCGAGGCGGAGGGGGCCCUGCCCGACUACAUGGCGGCCCACGUGAUCUACUACGCGGGCCCCGCCAAGACGCCGGAGGGGUACGCGAGCGGCAGCUUCGGCCCCACCACCGCGGGCCGCAUGGACACGUACGUGCCACUCUUCCAAGAGCGGGGUUACUCCCUGAUCACCCUGGCCAAGGGCAACCGCGCCAAGGGCGUCACGGACUCCUGCAAGAAGAACGGCGGUUUCUACUUGGGCAGCGUUGGCGGUGCGGCGGCCAACCUCGCGGAGAACGCGAUCAAGAAGGUGGAGGUGGUCGAGUACGAGGAGCUCGGCAUGGAGGCGGUGUGGCGCAUCGAGGUCGAGGACUUCCCCGCCUUCAUCAUCGUGGACGACAAGGGCAACGACUUCUUCGCCGAGUGGAAGAUGUGAUCGCAGCUGGGCGCGUGCCCGCAGUGACGGCAUGCGCCAAGCGAGCGCAUGCAGCAAGUCUAGCGCAGCAUUCAGCAGGGGAUUCAGUCCUCUGGGCCACACGCCCUCAUGGGUUCUGGCUAACAUUUACACACAUUGGAAUUAUUUAAAUUUAAAGCUUGCCAUUCGUGAGGGGAGUCAUUUGUCGUAUUCCCACCCAUGGCGCGCGUUUCUCCAUCCAAGCCCAGUCACGACGGUUCGAGACGAGUCCGACACCUAGAUACCCACAUAGGAACAUUGGGCUGCAAUGCUUUUCCUCUUCCGCGCGAACGUGCGCCAAUUGCGCUAUCGUCUUCGCAGUUGCCGCGUGCUGCAGCCCCGCAGCGGUGCUAUCCACGCUGGUGACGCACCAACGAGAGAGAGACAGAUAGAUAAAGGACAAUAAACAAGGAA